CUCCAGCCUCAACCGCAGCCGCCGGAGCCGCGUGUGCUCGCGUGCGCGCGGCGCGGGGCGGGCGGCGGCCCCGGUCCCGCUCCCGGUGCCGGUCCCGGUCCCGGCGCGGCAGGGCGCCGGCCGAGAUGCCGUGCCGCCCGGGCGAGCGCUUCCUGCUGCUGGAGCGCUCGGUCGCCGUGGGGCAGGCGGGCUCCAAGGAGGUGGACGCGCUGGUGGCCAAGCUGGGCGAGGUGCUGCAGCUGAGCGCCCAGCGGGCGCCGCCGCCCCCCCGCGCCCCCAAGCACCUGGGGCCCGGCAGCGCCCGCGACCGAGCCGCCCCCUACUCGCCCCGCUGCACCGGCGGCGGGGGGGGCCUGCUGGCGCCGGCCCUGCCGCAAGCCCACCCGCCGCACGCCGAGCCCCCGCGGGCGGACAGGAGCGGCCACCAGCGGGUCACCAAGCAGCUGUGCGGCCGGGGCUGGCUGCGGAGCGCCGCCCGCCGGAGGAAGCAACCGCCACCGGGGCCGGGCGACGGGCCGGCGGAGGAGGAGGACCCGCACCGGCUCCUGCAGCAGCUCAUCCUCUCCGGCAACCUCAUCAAAGAAGCCGUCCGGCGGCUGCAGUUGGCGGCGGCGGCGGCAGCGGCGGCGGCUUCCACGGCUUCCAGCGGCAGCGCCUCGGCGGGGAGCAGCGGCGCGGACGGCGAGGCGGCCGAGGCGGCGGCGGUGCAGCCCCUGCAGUAGCCGGCGGGGACGAGCGGCGGCGGCCGGGACGGAGGAGCGCGGCUGGGGCGGCGGCGGCAACAACCCCCCCCCCCCCCCCCCCCGCUUCGCCCCGCCGGCCGGACGGCGGGAGCGCUGUGGUGGCUCCGCCGCGAUGUAAGUCUCCCCCCGCGGCGGAGGACGGCGGGCCCCUCGGGCCCCCCUCCCCCCGCCUCUCGUUGCCGGGCGCGGCGGGGUCGGUUGGGGUGGGACGGGUGUCCGCCCGCUCCCCCCCCGCCACCCCAAGGUCACCCCCGGCGUGGCGCCGAGCCCCGCCGCCUCCCAACCGGCGGAGGCCGCGCACGCCGCCCGCACCGAGGUGCUGGCGAGGCCCCCCCAGCCGCGUUCCCCUGCCUUCACCGGGAGCUCCUCCUCCUCCUCCCCCGGCCGGGGCCGCGGCGCCCCCCCCCCCCCCCCCCCCGCCGCCGGUCCCCCCCGGCCGCCGCGGGGCUGCUCCGCCGCCGGGCUCCGUCUCCCAGGAGCCAUUUGCAAUAAUUCUCGCUGACCCCGGCGGGAGGUGUUCCCUUUCCCCUCCCAGGCUGGUUUGUUGUUUUUGUUUGGGUUUUUUAUUAUUAUUAUUUUAACGUUUAUUAUUAUUUUUUUUUUUUCCCGUUGUGACUGUAUGAAGCAGUUUAAAAAAAAAUGUGAAUAUCAAAGCUGGAAGGCAGCCGGACUUACAGUUGUAAAGCCUGAUGAGUGAAUGGAGCCUGAGAUGCAUUGUUCACAUAAGGUAGCCGAAACAAGUUUUUUCUACCAAAAAGAAAAAAAAAAAAACUGAAUCCACCCUUCCCUGACAAACUCAAUGGCUCAAAUACAAGAUGCAGCUGUUGAUUUUAAAUAUAUGCACUUCGUACCGGAGUGUUUGAAAUGUGUUCCUGAUUUACAGGACUUACUGUCUUAAUUAACCUGUCUGUAUUGAAUAAACGUGGUCUUGUUUUUA